AUGAAAUUCUUUAGUGGAUUACCUACCUUAACAAAUCAAGAUAAAUUUAAUAUUGCCCAAAUUGCUAUUAUUUUACCUAUAGUCCUUCUUUGUAUUCCAACAUCUUUUAAUAGAAGAAAAGAACUUAAGAAUGACCUCUUACCAAAUCCACUUAUUCUUCUAUGGGCCUUUAUUCCAUUUGUAUUAAUCUAUGCCUUAAGAGUUCUUUGUAUUGAACAUAUAUUUCCUAAAUUAGGUGACAAGUUUAUAUUUUAUAAAUCUUAUUGGGAACCAGGAGUUAGAGAGUUUAGAGUUAAACGAUUUGCUCUUGUUUUAUUCAAAGCUAUUUACUUUUGGAUUAGUGCACCAUUAGGAAUUUUAUUAUUUAGAUAUGAAGACUGGAUGCCUAGUGCAUUAUUUGGGAAAGGAAAACAAGACCUUGAGUUGUUAUGGGAAAAUUUCCCUUACCAAGAACAAUCUCCAAUGCUUAGUGUAUAUUAUUGUUGGGCACUUGGAUAUCAUUUUCAUUCUCUUGUUUUUCAUAUGCAAAGUGAAAAAAGAAAUGAUUACUUUGAAAAUUUAUUGCAUCAUGUUGCUACAGUAUUUCUAAUUAUAUUUAGUUUCUGUAAUAAUUGUGGAAGAAUUGGUGUUCUAGUAUUAAUUCUUCAUGACAUUGUAGAUGCAAUUAUGUAUAUGAGUAAAAGUGUUAAUGAUAUGCCAAAUCAAGUUCCUGUGUAUUGUGGAUUUGCUUUUAUUGCGAUUUCAUUUUUCCAAUUUAGAAUAUUUACACUUGGUUAUCAUAUCAUUCCUGCUGCUGUUAAUGCUAAAAAUUAUAUUCCUGAUGGAAUUCCUGGUUCAUAUAUUGUAUUUUAUUUAUUAGUUGGAUUAUUAUGUGUAUUAUGGGUGUUGCAUGCAUAUUGGUUCUAUUUAAUUAUUCAGAUUAUUGUAGUGGCAAUUAAAAAUAAAGGUCGAUUAAAAGAUCCUCAUGCUUUAGGAUAA